UUCGUGGCUGGAAAUGUCCACAGUACAUUCUCAGUCUGGGAAACGUGAACGUGAACCAUCUGCAGACAUGAGGAAUAUUUACGCUUUUGCCCUGCUGCUCAUUGCAGUCAUUGCAAGCACCACCAGCGGUGCCAGCGUUCCCGGCCAGGAUCAACUCCUGUGUCGAAACAAGGCCAACGGCAUUCGGGUCCUGGUGCCAGGCAGUUGCUCAAGGUUCUAUGAGUGCCACAACGGCAUUGCCACGGAAUACUCCUGUCCCAACUUCUAUGACUUCAAGACCCGCAGCUGCGUGACUUAUAACCCUGGAUGUACCGAAGACCUUGUAGUGGAGCCAGUGGCUCAGCAUUCCGCCCGCGAUACUGCUAAGCCGUGCAAUGGGGCCACUACCACUGCGCCACCUUGUGAAACUACAACCAAGCCUCCGUGCUCAGGAACAACCCCAGCUCCAGUUAACACAACCCCUGCUCCCUCGGCCACUACCACCUGUUCCCCAGUAAUAAUUACUACAGGUACGACCACAAGCACCGUGGCUUCUACUACAACUGAAACCACCACCACAUGUGCCCCAACAACAACCUCCACUACGACAUCCACUACGACCUCGACCACGACAACGACAACCACCUGUGCCCCAACAACAACCACGACAACCACAACGACAACCACGACUACAACUACAACUACUUGUGCCCCAACAACAACCAGAACCACGACCACUGCGGCACCAACUACAACCACAACAACAUGUGCCCCAACAACCACUUCCACUACGACAACCACAACCACUGCGGCACCAACUACAACCACAACAACAUGUGCCCCAACAACAACCACUACCACAACGACGACAACUACCACAACUACUUGUGCCCCAACAACAACCACCACAACAACCACUACGACAACUACUACUACAACAACAACGACAACUACAACCACAUGUGCCCCAACAACAACUACAACCACAUGUGCCCCAACAACAACCACCACCACAACGACGACAACUACCACAACCACUUGUGCCCCUUCAACAACCACCACCACAACUACAACCACAUGUGCCCCAACAACAACCACCACCACAACGACGACGACUACCACAACCACUUGUGCCCCAACAACAACCACCACCACAACGACGACGACUACCACAACCACUUGUGCCCCAACAACAACCACCACAACAACCACUACGACAACUACUACUACAACAACAACGACAACUACAACCACAUGUGCCCCAACAACAACCACCACCACAACGACGACAACUACCACAACCACUUGUGCCCCAACAACAACCACCACAACAACCACUACGACAACUACUACUACAACAACUACUACUACAACAACAACUACUACAACAACAACUACUACAACCACAUGUGCUCCAACAACAACCACCACCACAACGACGACAACUACGACAACCACUUGUGCCCCAACAACAACCACCACAACAACCACUACGACAACUACUACUACAACAACAACGACAACUACAACCACAUGUGCCCCAACAACAACUACAACCACAUGUGCCCCAACAACAACCACCACCACAACGACGACAACUACCACAACCACUUGUGCCCCAACAACAACCACCACAACAACCACUACGACAACUACUACUACAACAACAACGACAACUACAACCACAUGUGCCCCAACAACAACUACAACCACAUGUGCCCCAACAACAACCACCACCAUAACGACGACAACUACCACAACCACUUGUGCCCCAACAACAACCACCACAACAACCACUACGACAACUACUACUACAACAACAACGACAACUACAACCACAUGUGCCCCAACAACAACCACCACCACAACGACGACAACUACCACAACUACUUGUGCCCCAACAACAACCACUACGACAACUACUACUACAACAACAACGACAACUACAACCACAUGUGCCCCAACAACAACUACAACCACAUGUGCCCCAACAACAACCACCACCACAACGACGACAACUACCACAACCACUUGUGCCCCAACAACAACCACCACAACAACCACUACGACAACUACUACUACAACAACAACGACAACUACAACCACAUGUGCCCCAACAACAACCACCACCACAACGAUGACAACUACCACAACCACUUUUGCCCCAACUACAACCACCACAACAACCACUACGACAACUACUACUACAACAACAACGACAACUACAACCACAUGUGCCCCUACAACAACAACAACCACCAUAACGACAACUACAACGACUGGCUCAACAACAACAACUACCGCUUGCGCUGAUGUGACAACGACUACCGCAUGUGCUGAUGCCACAACAACCACAGCAUGUGCUGAUGCGACAACAACUGCCUGCCCGACAGCCUCAAAGGCGGUAGCUGCCGCCCACUCAAAACGUAAUCCCGUCCGCCGGAACCCCGUGCACCGUCUCCUCUGGGAAGUGGCCCAACUGGCGGGCAUUUCGUCCACUGGACCCGAGGUUCAGCUUAAGGUCUCCUGUGCCGGCAAACCCGAUGGAUUCCUGAUGGCUUCGCCCGAGCGGUGCAACGACUACUACAUCUGUCGCCACCAGCGCGCCCUGAAGGUCAGCUGCGGUGACAGAUACUUCAAUGGACUGAAGGGCAUCUGCGAUCUCCCCGAAAACACCAGCUGUGUUCAGUCCUAAGUGAUAGCUGACCCAAAUGCGGAGACCAGAAACAUCAUGGAAAUGUGACAACUAAUUAUGGAUCGAAAUUUGAAAUAUUUAUAACAGCACUAUUUGAACAUGCACCUAUAAAACAGCAAAGGCUUAUAAAAGGCUAU